AUGUCAUUCCGGCCAAUGUUCCAGCGACGAGCUGUCGCUCCCAUAGCAGCGACUCUCCUUGUUGGAGGCAUAGUUACAUAUCCUCGACGAACUGUCUAUGCUGAAAGCCCUUCUGAUCUUAGAAAGCCUAUCUACGAUGACUAUCCCACCGAGACUGGUGCCGUCCCAGAACAGAAACUCAUUGUCGCCAUCCCUUCCGAAAUCUCAAACACAAUCACAAAAGAAGAAUCCAGCGUCACCGAUCUUCUAACGGCGCAAGUUCGUCGUGCCCGCCUCUUCCUCUACGCACACUCUCUCGCCGCGGAGAAUAGUUUCAACGACUUCUUGUCUCGCGUACUCCGCGUUGAAAAUGCUUUCACCAACACAGUUGCAUCGCUUGCUCCAUCCCCCGAAUCCGGCGAGCGACUUGUUCCCGGCGGAGUGUAUGUUAUUGUGUCAGGCAUGGCCGGAUCAAUCGUCUCUCGGAACCGUGGAAUCAUCCUACGAUCUGCGACCCCUCUUGCAUUCGGUACCGUCGCCGCCUGGACUCUCUUACCUGUGACUAUGCGCAACAUCUCGGAUUUCGCUUGGGAAUACGAGAAGAAAGUCCCUGUGGUGGCCGAUAACCAUCUCAAGGCCCGCAACUAUAUUCAGCACGUAUACACGACCGGAGUUGCACAUAGUGCAAUGGGUCGCGCCAUGUUGGAGGAUAAGAUUGGCGAGGCCCGCGAAUAUCUUGAAGAAUGGGUUAGGAAGGGCCGAUAA